AUGAAAGUCAAGAUCCCUAUUACUUAUUUUCUAGAUCUCUAUGCUCAUAGAGGAAUUGCGGUACAACAAGAUUUCCGCCAUUCGACAGACAUAGCAUCCAUCAUACGUUCAGCAGAUCUGAGUAAAUUGUGGAAGCAAUUUCAGGCAUUGACCACUAGUAAAGAGGUUGGACGCUGGUUGCGUCACUUCCAUGAAUGGGCCUCGGAACCCCAACAAGCAGACUUCAGAAACAAAAUUGGAUGCAACGGGCCCAUCCAAAGACUCAAGCACAAGGUUACCCGCGGCGCAUUCAUUGACGUCUUGAAGACCUUUCCCGAUAUCCUGGAAAAGAACUCCGGGGUUCUGGAAAGGGUCAAAGAGCAAGCAGAACUCGAGCUUCAAAAUCUCAUCAGUGGGAAGGAUGGACUAAAUCGAGGUAUGAUACAUGGUGAUUGCUGGAUGGGAAAUGUUCUACUAUCGAAAUACCCUCCGGCUCCAAGCGGCCGUGAUACCGCUGCAGACAUCAUCUUGAUUGACUGGGAAAUGUGCCAAUUUGGCCAUCGAGCAUACGACUUGGGACAUAUGAUAGGUGAUCUGUAUGAGGCGUAUCAUUUUCACGACUCUGAUAUCGCUUUGACGAUGAUCAGAGGGUUCAUAGACGGCUAUGAGGAAAUCGACGACGACAUGGCUUUCCGAACAGCUAUUCACACUGGUGUGCAGCUUCUGGGCUGGUACAAUCGGCGUGCCCCAUCGGAUACCGUGAAAGGGACCGAGGAACAGAUUUUGAGUGCAGAAAAGAUCUCGACGCGCUUUGUUGUUGGCGGCUGGGAGAGGGAAAAGCCGUGGUUUCAAGGUACCCCAUUGGCACCGUUGCUUCAUUCGAAUACAUAG